GUGUUUGUCGGUAACUUGGAGGGUGGCGCCAAAGCCAUAUUGGAAUGAAUUUGGUUAAGGAAUGAGUGGGGAGUGGAAGGUAGAAAUAGCAAGUAUCCUCAGUGCUGAGUAAUUUGGCUUUGAAAAGGAGAGGUCAAGAUUGGUAGUUGGAGGGGGAAGUUAAGACUAAGCGAAUACUUCUUUUAAAAUGUGAGAGAUGUGCACACGUAUCAGGAUGCCUUCAGGUACAGGGGACAGAAAAUUCUUCCCCAACUUGCUAAAGCCUAAAGGGACUUUAUUAAAUGAUAGAAUUGCAAAGCCCCAGUGUAGCUCUUGUUUAUUGUUAUAAUUGGAGAGGCUGUAGAAUGGACGUAAGGAGAAGCUGUAGAAUGGACGUAAGGAAAGGCAAAUUUUUAUAUCUGAUUACAGGCAAGCAUGGGAAUUCUCUCUGAUGCUUCUUCCGGUCCACCCCCAUUCCGAAAGUGAGGGAGGAGAUGAAGUGGCAGGUGCCUGAGGAGAGCAGAGGUUACAAAUAUCCUCCUGGAGAACUGGAUAGAAAGCUGCAUAAAAACAGAGGCAUCCACGGUAGGGGUCCGCCUGGGGCAGGCGAACAGGGCCAGGAGACAGCUUUGGUUCUUCAUCCUUCGGCUUCCCUUCAUUUUUACUCCAAAUGUCUCCUUCCACCUUUUGAGGAACGUAUUCGUGUACCCCGUUUGGUACCUUAGGGGGCGGGGUCUCCGAAAACCGGCUGGGCCUCAGGUUUUCCGCUACGCCCGCGGCCUUCUGGGAAUCGUAGUUUUCUGAGGGCACUGUGCGCAGGCGCUCCGUGGUCCUUGCUCCUUGUGGGGCCGCCGCGAGCAGGUUGGCACCCAAGGCUGCCCUUGAUCCGACCUGCUGCGGGGCAGGGGAGGAGGCGCCAGCUGCAGGCCCGGCGCGACCCAGGGCGACGACGUGGCUGCGAGGUGAAGUGAGAUGUCGCUAACCUGGUUCCGGAGUGUGAGAUGACGUGCUCUGGGGUGCGCAGAGCCGCGCUCCGCAGUGCGUAUCCCCCGGGUAGAAUGGCGCAUUCCCUCCCUUAGCCUUCCUUUCCGAAGCUCGCCCUGCGGUCCUUCCCCUGCUUACCCGUGGUAGGGGUUCAGGACACCAGGACUGAACUGACUCCGCGCAAACCUGCUGGUCCAUCUUUCCCGGAAAGCACCUCCGUUCCGUGAGCCAGGUUCAGGCGUUUCAACCUCUUACACCCGGCUCGUUGGAGCUGCCCAGCGGCGCUCCCUCUUCUGAGUACUGCUUUCCAAUGCCAGCCAGACUUUCGUGCAAAACUUGGUAUUUCAGUUAGUCUGCAAAUAGUUCUUGAGUACUAUGUGGAAGUAGCUUUCUUAGUGUGAGGGAAGCAAGAUGUGGCUCCCAAGAUUUACCACCUACUUGGAAAGAUAAAGAUACAAAGAUACUUAUAUACUAGGUGAUUGAAUCAGAAAUCUGAGAGUUCAAAGAAGAUAAAGACCCUGACUCUUUGUUUUGUGAUGUGGAUCCAUUUGGUUGUAGAUUGGGAAAGAGUUUAUACGCUUGGCUGGAAACAUCCAUAGCUUAUUUUAAUGACACUGGUGGGCAUCUUAAGAUUAAUAUCACCUUUUGGUUCUGUGAAGCACAUUGGAUGCUGUGUCCUCUAUGUACCCCCAGGACUCUAAAGAGCUCUUAAGAGGAGAGGUCUGGUAGCAGAACAUGAAGAAUGAAACCUUAGGUAAGGAAGGUAGAAGCUUGCCUUUGCUACCUGUCUGGGUCUCUGGGUUGCAAAUUACAGAAACCCAGCUCAAACUAGUAUGGAGGGGGGGGGAGGUUCAUUUUGAGGAUACUUGGUUAGGUCACAGAGCCCCAAAGAAAAGACUACAGGUAUGUAAACUGGAACAAAACAAAUUCAGGACCCUCUCUUAACCCCUUGCCCCUUCUUCUGUAUGCCCUUAUGUUUCAUAUUUCCCUGUCACUGCUGACUGGCUUUUUCUGCUCUCAGGUGGCUUGACAAAAUGUGACUGUCAAGGGCUCCCAAGUUUUCAUGCCCUCAAGUGGAGCUUCAUGAGAAGAGACUGAUCUCUUUUUCUUGGUUCCACUUCCAAAAUUCCAUGGGAAGGACUAAUUUGUUCAGAUGCCAAUCAGCUUUGGCCAGGAAAUGGAGUCAGUUUUUAUUAUUGUAUGGAUGUGGGUAAAGCUAUUUCCUUGAAAAGAGUGAAGUGUUGGCAGAGCUCAAGAGACAGAACAAUAGCUGCUGCUUGUUGCCUGUCACUCACCUUGAAGUAGAACUACUAAGAAAAUUACUUUUUGUAGAGUAGUAGGCUGUCCUGGCCAUAGUCCCUUUCUCUGAGAACUGCUCUUUGUGCUCCUUGGGAAUGGCUGAGUGGGCAAGAGGUGGAAACAUGAUCUAAGGUCAUUAGUCUCUCAAUGGCUAACAACCAAUAGGGCCUUAAGAAUUCUAAGUAGGAAACACAGAGACCAUGGCCAGUUAAUCCCGGGAGGGCUGGGAGUUAAAGACCUUAUUGAACCUUAUCUGUACAGAGGAUAAUGUUCUUUUUUUUUUUUUAAAGAUUUUAUUUAUUUAUUUGAGAGAGAGAAUGAGAUAGAGAGAGCAUGAGAGGGGGGAGGGUCAGAGGGAGAAACAGACUUCCUGCUGAAUAGGGAGCCCGAUGCGGGACUCGAUCCCGGGACUCCAGGAUCAUGACCUGAGCCCAAGGCAGUCGCUUAACCAGCUGAGCCACCCAGGCGCCCCAGAGGACAAUGUUCUAAGAACAUUCCUCUGAAAAAAAAAAAGAACAUUCCUCUGAGAACAUUCUCUUGGAGGAUAAAGAGAUGCAAGACCCAUUUAGCCCUUGAUGGCUUGAGAGAAUACCUUUUGUUUCAGCACCAUUCUCAUUUGUGGUCGCCUCCAUGCACAUGCAUACACAGAAAUUAUAAAUAUAAUCUUGCUCUUGGCCAUUCUAAAUAUCCAAGAUGGCAUAUACAGUUUCUCUGUGUAGAGCUCUUAAGAGCAAGAGGUAAAGAUAUGCAGCACCAUCAUCCUUCAAUAUCCAGCGGGGUACACAAGUCUAUUAAUGAAAAAAAUAAAAUCUGAUUGGUAGUGGAUCACAACCAUAAUUGGAAUCCAGAAGAUGGUGCCAAGUAGGAUUUAUCGCACUGGAUCAUAUGGAUUGUAUUAUAUAGAAUCAGCCUCAGAUGAGCACUGAUGGAUCCCUUUACCCUUUCUUUCUCUACUCUUCUGUCCUCCCUACUGGUACUGACUCCAUCUUGCAACAACUUUUGUAAUAAAUCCCUGACAGAAUAUUGUUAUAGCAUUCUCUGUGGGCAAGCUUGGGGAGACCAUUGUUCCUGGCUCCACUUCUGGAAGGGUUUUUCACUUUCCCUGACUAAAACUUCUGUCAGAUGAAAUUUUCUCUUGAGAAUAUUGUUAUCUCUCAUGUCUUCCAGGUACUGUUAUGUCGCAGGUUGUCUCCAUAUCAGGCCCAAAGAUGAGUAGGAAUGGAAAGAAGAGGACAGAGAUUCUUCAUCCUAAUCCAGAUCUCUGCCAACUCUGGCCUGGGCCUUUUCCAAGAGAACAUAGAGGAGGAGAGAAUGGCGGCCAAAUGGCAGAAGUCACUCAAGUUUAAGGAUGUGGCUGUGAAGUUCUCAAAGGAUGAGUGGAAGCAACUGGUCCCUACUCAGAGGGCUCUUUACAGGGAGGUGAUGCUGGAGAACUAUCAGGGUUUUGUUUCUUUGGGAAUUCUAGUUCCUAAACCUGAUGUGAUUUUCCAGUUGAAGAGAGGUGAAGAGCCAUGGAAACUUGAUUUUCAGGAAGAUGAAGAAAGUGAAGUCCCAGGAAGCACUUUCCUAGACCAGAAUGCUAGACUUGAGAGCCAGGACUCAACUCAAAGGCAGGAUGUUUCUAAAGAAGCAAAGUCACAAAAGACAUUAAUGGAAACACUCAGAAAAUAUGGUCCUCUGGGUCCUGUACUUGGCCCAGAAAACCUUGAGGGCACCAAGAAAGAACAUCUUUCAGGGGAGACUUUGAAGAAAUCCUUCCCCAAGGAAGACUCGCAAAGAUCCACUCCUGCCAAGAAAACCAACAGUAAGGGGAGAAACCUUGAAUGCAGCAUAUGUGGGAAGACCUUAUAUAACCACUUAUCCGUCACUCGUCAUCAAAGGACCCACACUGGAGAGAAAACUUAUAACUGUAAAGAGUGCGGGAAAGCCUUCAGCUAUAGAAGUAGUCUUAAGAAACACCUGAUGUCUCACACUGGGAAGAGCCCCUUUGAAUGCAAUGAAUGUGGGAAAACUUUCUAUGACCGAUUAACCCUUACCGAACAUCAGCGAACUCAUACCGGAGAGAAGCCCUUUAAAUGUCACGAAUGUGGCAAGGCUUUCUUUGUCCGCUCAUCUUUUACCCGCCAUCAGAGAAUUCAUACUGGAGAAAGUCCUUACGAGUGUACAGAAUGUGGGAAAUCCUUUAGCCAGAAAAGCAUCCUCGCUCGCCACAAGCUCACUCACACUGGAGAGCGGCCUUAUGAAUGCAGGGGGUGUGGCAAAGUCCUGUUUGACCGUUCCUCCCUCAUUCGCCACCGCAGAGCACACACCGGAGAGACCCCUUUUGAAUGUAAUGAGUGUGGGAAAGUUUUCUUUGACCGCUCAUCCCUUAAUCAGCAUCAGAAAAUUCAUAGUGGAGACAAGCCCUAUAAAUGCACCGAAUGUGGGAAAACCUUCCUCCAGAAGAGACCCCUUACUCAGCAUCAGAGAGUGCACACUGGAGAGAAGCCCUACGAAUGCAGCGUGUGUGGGAAGGUGUUCAAUUGCAAGUCCUCUAUCAUCCAACAUCAGCAACGUUAUGCCAGGCGGGCUUCAGACUAUCAUAGAGAUGCUUCAGCCCGGCAAGGGACCCCCACAGGAACUUAAGCCACUUUUGUGCAAGAUCAUGAAGAUUUGUGUUUGAGCACCUUCUAACUGCUGCUUAUUCUCAUGCCUCCAUUUGAUACUAGAGUCUCAGUAAAUAGUCUUAAUGGACCAUGCCAUAGACUUCCCCUUGGAUGCCUCAUACUUAGUAUAAUACUCUGAGGAUCCCCAGAUUGGUCAGAAGCUCUCCAAUCAAUAUGUUUUGUAAGUGUUUGAAGGGGACCCUAAGAUAAGCAUCAUAUGUUAUUUAUUUAUUUAUUUAUUUAUAAUUGUUUUUUUUAUUUCUGGACCACUCCAUAAGAAUGGGAACUAUUUCAUAUCUGUGCACUGCUGUGUCCCCAGUGUGGUGCCUGCCACUUAUUACAUAUUUUCUCAAUGAAUGAAUACCUGUCUAGUCAUGAGAACUUGAGUCCCCAGUGAAAAGUAGUUUCUAGAACUAGAAACUUCAGUAAGAAAAUUAACAUGAAGGUAAUAUGUAUGUAGGACUGUAAAUGCCUUCACUAUAACUGCCCUAUUAGCUCUUAAUCCACUCUUCUUGGAGGUUUCUGGAGCCCUGGUUUGGGUAUGCCCUUGUUCUUCCCUCAGGAUCCUUAGUUUCCCUGAACUUUGGCUCUAACCUGACCUUUGGGCUCUAGUAGACUAACCUAUCACCCUUGUUUCUAGGUUAAUGGUUGUGUUUUUGUUUUAUAUUUGUUUAAUCUCAUUGAUAACUAAAAUUCCUUA